ACAAAAAAACUAGAGCCGCCCCGAACCCUAGGCGUACCAUGUCGUCUCUGCUGCGCUCGCCGGCCACCCGCCGCGCUCUCUCGGCGGUCUCAACGAGAGGACCACAGGGGGCUUCCUUCCGCCGUGCCCCUUCGGUGGCAGCCCCCGCCUUCGGAGGAGAGUGGGGAGCCACCGUUCGCCGAGGUCUCGCGUUCCCGACCUUGCCGCGCCGCCACCUCGGCGGACCUCCUCUGCCCGGCGUCCAAGCCACUACUCCUUCCCCCGCCCAGGUCGAUCAGUUACGUCAGAGUAUGAAGCAACUAAAGGAUACUGUGGAUAAAGGAUUUGUUAUAUAUGGAUCCGUCAGACUUGUUGUCGAGGACUGCAAGCCAGAAGGUGUUUUUCGCCAGUGGUCACGGUUGUACAGUGUUAUUCUUUUGCUUUUGCUUGUCGAACGAAUGAUCAAGUGAGUGAAGCAAGGAUAAUCGAUCUUAAUUCGACUUUGGGGAUGAAGGCAUUUUAAGGAAACUUGUGCUAUGCUGCAGCGGUUUAAAACUUUAAAUCAACGCACUGAAACUUGGUCUACCUUUCUACCUCUGGUGUUGCUGUAUUGUGAGCCACUAGGAUAGCUGGUUUAAUCUAAAGUUCGGUACUUUCGUCUCGAUGGUAUUAUGGACCCUUAGACCUCGUUAUAUAAUAAGGAACUGUGUGUUUUUCGAAAGAAGUUAACGAGUUACUCACCAUUUACAUGUUUAAUGUGUACCAUAUUUUAUUAUUUAGUACGAAAAAUAUGAAUCUA